GUGACCCCGGGGCCGGGGUGGGGCCGGCGCACCGAGGGGAAUCGCCCGGCUUCCCGAAACCCUCGAGGGCUUGGCCGGAGGAGGGGCCGGAGGCCGAGACGUUUAAAGGAACUGGGAUGAGUUCUUAGAAACCCCAGUGCGCGCAGCUGGAGGGGUGGGGUGAGCAGGAGAAACACUAGAGCCUGGCUGCAAGGAACCCGACGGAAAGCCGGAAGAGCGUUACAGGGCGCUCCGCGCGGGCCGACGCCGCCAGCGCCCGGUGCCUGCUGCCUCUCGCCCGGCUGCCUGCUGGUUGCUGUCGGAGUCUCUGUGCCUUUCGCCGGAGUGCUGGACACCUCGGUGUAGAGGACUGCGGAGGAAUUCCUGGGACCCCAGGAUGGCGGAUAUGCCCAACGGCCAGCCCUUUGACACUCCCCUAGAGCUGUAUAACAUCAUCCUUGCCCAGGGCGAGCACGUGCGCUGCCUCAAAGCGGCAAAGGCAGCAAAAGACGAAAUUGACUCUGCAGUAGAGAAGCUGUUGUCUUUAAAGACAACCUACAAAGCUGUCAUGGGAGAGAAGUGCGAGCCUAGCCAAUUCCCAGAGAACCCCGCCCCCGGGAGUAAGAGCAGCGCUGCAGCCACCGAAGACAGCGGGGACUUCGUGGACCCGUGGACAGUACGAACGAGCAGUGCUAAGGGCAUCGACUACGACAAGCUCAUAGUUCAGUUUGGAAGCAGUAAAAUUGACAAAGAGCUGAUAAACCGGAUAGAGAGAGCCACCGGCCAGAGACCACACCGCUUCCUGCGCCGAGGCAUCUUCUUCUCACACAGAGAUAUGAAUCAAGUGCUCGACGCCUACGAGAAUAAGAAGCCGUUUUACCUGUACACGGGCCGGGGCCCCUCUUCUGAAGCCAUGCACGUCGGUCACCUCAUCCCGUUCAUUUUCACAAAGUGGCUGCAGGACGUGUUCAACGUGCCGCUGGUCGUCCAGAUGUCUGACGACGAGAAGUACCUGUGGAAGGACCUGACCCUGGAGCAGGCCUACAGCUACACCCUGGAGAACGCCAAGGACAUCAUCGCCUGUGGCUUUGACAUCAACAAGACUUUCAUCUUCUCCGACCUUGAGUACAUGGGGAUGAGCCCAGGCUUCUACAAGAAUGUGGUGAAGAUUCAGAAGCACGUCACCUUCAACCAGGUGAAAGGCAUCUUCGGCUUCACUGACAGUGACUGUAUUGGGAAGAUCAGCUUCCCCGCUGUGCAGGCAGCGCCCUCGUUCAGCAACUCCUUCCCGCAUAUCUUCGGGGACCGGGCGGACCUCCAGUGCCUCAUCCCCUGCGCCAUCGACCAGGACCCGUACUUCCGGAUGACCAGGGACGUCGCCCCCAGGAUCGGCUACCCUAAGCCAGCACUGCUGCACUCGACCUUCUUCCCGGCCCUGCAGGGCGCCCAGACCAAGAUGAGCGCCAGUGACACCAACUCCUCCAUCUUCCUCACCGACACGGCCAAGCAGAUCAAGACCAAGGUCAACAAGCACGCAUUCUCAGGAGGCCGGGACACCGUGGAGGAGCACCGGCAGCUCGGGGGCAACUGUGAUGUGGACGUGUCCUUCAUGUAUCUGACCUUCUUCCUGGAGGAUGAUGACAGGCUAGAGCAGAUCAGGAAGGACUACACCAGCGGCGCCAUGCUCACCGGCGAGCUCAAGAAGACCCUCAUCGACGUCCUGCAGCCGCUGAUCACCGAGCACCAGGCCCGGCGCAAGGAGGUCACCAACGAGGUGGUGAAGGAGUUCAUGACCCCCCGGCAGCUGUCCUUCCACUUUCAGGGAUGCUCGUCCUCUGGUGCCCGUGACACCUAAUUUGUCACAGUCCGGGCAUGGCCCAGUCAGCCCCACCUCCCCAGGGGCUUCUGGUGUGUGAUGUCCGUGCUUCCUCCUUCCCUCCCUCCUUCCUGUGUGGGCUCGGAGCUGUAGGUAAUCAGUGCUGGCUCACGUCGUGGGGUCAGAUAGGGAAGCGGCCCAGAGAGAGCCACUGGGGCCCCAGAUGCAGCCUAGGUCUGCUCCGCAGGAAACGGCUCUGUGUAUGAGUGAACCAAAGUGUUGUUACUCGAGGACUGGACGGUGCUGUAGGAAGGUGACUGGGGAAGUUUCGUGGCCCGAGAUGUUUGGGCCCUGAGAAGCAAACUGACCUAAGAGCUUCACUGAGCAGGUCGGCUGGCUGCAGCUGCGCAGCAGAGCAGCCAGGUCACCGUAGGGCCGCAAGAAAGAAGUCAGCCUGCCUCUCACUGCUUUGAAAUGGCCAUGGGUGGAGCGGGGCAGCCUCACUGGGUCCUGUGGCCCAGCUCCCGCUGGCUUUAGUGGACUCCAGGCCACACACGUCAUCCACUCCAGGAAUCACGCUCAUUUACCUAACUUGCCAACUUCCCAGCAAAUAACCCAGCACUCCAGCUGCAGGAUCCAAAGUCCGCUUUCCCAGAGACACUAGAACAGCCUGUUACCUUUGCAGACACUGUUUUGUUUUGACCCUCGACCACAGUGGAAGUCAGCACAGAGCAGGGCCUGGCCAGGCUGGGCUGGUGGACCUAGCUAGAGUCACACUUGGCUGCCCCAGCUCCGGGCCUCCCAACCCCACCCCGCAUAUGCGAGCUCUGGUCAGGAACCUGGACCCGGACUAGGCCCACACUGCGGUGCUCUGCCCCCGACCUCACGGUUAAAUAAACUUCUUUGUUCCCAGC